GGGCAUUGUAUGCAACGACGUUUGACAACGUCGAAGGUUAUGUUUAUCAUCAGUUUCAAGCGAAUUUCGUGAUAUCCGCAACCAAUAUUUAUGUUUUAGACUUGAUUUUCGUGUGAGAUAAUUUCAUAAUUAUGUCGCAGAAGGAAAUUCGAACGGUUUUGCCCGCAUAUUUAUCAGCUGGACCACAUGGAGUGGGCGACCCUGAUGAUAAACGAUUGCGAACCAGUGAACGCAAAGUACUCAUACCGCAACUCAUGCGAAAACGGGCCAGAGAAAUUAAAUGCGUACCUGAAGUAGCCGAAUUCGAGAAAUGUGCCAAGGAAAGUGGCCUAUUGAUGCCGUUCAAAUGUCGUGGACCAACCGAUAAAUUGAAAGAAUGCAUGGCUCAUUGGUUCUAUAACGAAGAAUUUAUUAAUGAAUGUACAAACAUUUACCUCGACGAACGAUCGGAAUAUCGAAGAACCGGCAUUUCAAAGAAGCAAAAAGAACGAUUGGCGGCUGAAGCACAGGACGCUAAUAAAACAUAAAUGUUAUUUGAACAAAUGAUACGAAAUAGAACAAGUUUUAGUUAUUCAUGAAAAUAA